AUGACGCACGUCAAGUCGGCGCAACGGUCGAGCUCGGUUAAACUGGGCCUCGCGAUCGAUAACGCCUGCACGGCCUGCUGUCCACCGUAUCGAUCAGUGCCCUCGACCGCUAUCAGAGGCUCACACAGACAGGCGCUUAAAGCGCAUAGGCCUCGAGAAGCCGGCAUCGAUCGGGUUCGGCAAUGCAACCGGCCAGCCGGUCAGCCAGCGCCUCGGCAGCCCAACCUGCGCGAAAGACUCUCGGCACGGGAGGCGUGCUGCUCGUCGCAGUCGGUGUCUUUGAGUUUGCCUCUUCUCGGUCGGGCAUGGCGCCAGUUCUGUCUGUUCGCGCCAGCUGCGACGGCUGCUGAAACAGGCGACAGUUGCAAGGCUCAACACCAAAAUAAAGACGAGGCGUGGUUGUUGCUUUGA